AUGGCUGUGCAGACUCUCCUUGGAGUUGUCUCUAGACGAGCAAUGGGGACGCAGACUCCUACUGGUAGACACAGUGUGUCCGCAACUUGUAGUGUUCAAACUGAGCAGAAGCUGGCUGUUCAUGCUGAGAUGCAAGUGGACGGAUCUACCAGGGAUGAUCUUACGCAUUCUGCAGUUAUCGAGGAGUUGCAGAGUAGAAGUGAAACGCAGCUGUCGGAGUUGCAGGCGAAAAAUACGAAAUUGAGAGAUCUUCAGCGUGCGAAAUCAUCAUUGGAGCUGAAGAUAAGACAGUUGGAGUCGGAAAGGGAUCAGCUGCAAGCAUCGCGGAAGGAUCUGUCGAAUCAAUUGAAGACAGCAGAUAGGAAGAUGAAGGCAUUAGGGAGUGCCAACAGAGACAUCCAAGCGUCGAUGGAGAAAUCCACGAAAGAGCAUAUAAGCGUUAUAAUGGCCAUGCAGAACGAGAUCGCCGAGCUUGAGAAGCAAGUGAAAGAACUUGGCAAGAAACUGGCAGAGAAAACGGAGGAGCACAUUGCGACACAGCGAGUGGUGGAUAUGUUCAAAGUAGAGGUUCGGAAAUGGCAGGGGGAGGCUCGCAAGGUUCAACAACGCCAAGUCCAGCUCGUAUCGUGUUCUAGAGAACAUGAAUUGGAGCAGGAGCGGUAUGCUGCGGCUUUCAAGGCGAGAGAGGAGAUGAAGGACAAGUUCCGCGACUACAACGCGAUGCAUGAAGUUGACCAGAGGUGCCUUAGGAAGGAAAUCGCGCAGUUGAAGCAAGAGCGGGAUCGUAUGCGAGGCCAGCAUGCGGAGGAGUCCCAUCGAUCAUCGAAGUUGAUGAGUGAUCUACAGGAUUCCAUCGACGGUGUCCUUCCGCAAAAGACUGUGUCGUCGGAAGCUGACGCGUGGCUGGUGGAGCAGCUGGACUCGGCAGUUGAGGAGGGGUUGGUUGAGCGAGGCGGACCUGUGUCGGGCUCACAGGCACAGCAGCACUCCUCUGAGGUGUCCGCGCUGCGGGCAGAAACGGCUAAGUUGAAAUCUGAACUUGAUUUCACGAAGGAGCGGUGCAAACAAGAGAGCGAAAAUGCGAGGAUGUAUACCUCUUUACUCGAGGUGAAUUUUUUGAACAAGUUUUGCCUGGCUGGUUGGAUGCUACUCAGAACGCCGAGUUGGAGAAGGAACGGUAUCGAUUGA